AUGAAGGCCAACCUGUCCCUGGGCACUCUCCCCUCCUCACUGCACAAUUUGGAAAGACGAGCGUCCCAAGGUUCAAGGCCAGGGCUGCAGAGUGGGACAACAAGGUCCCCCUCCCGGCCCCUCCCGCCCUGGGGCCUGAGCAGAUGCGCUCACACACUCACCACUUCCCAGCUCCUGAGGAGUCGGGUGUCCUCCAGAGGGCUCCUGCGGGCCAGGGAGUUCACAGGGCAGCACUGGCUCAGCUCCCUGGGCCUCUCUCAGGAGCACAACCAGCCAAGCGGCAAUGGCGGCACCUCAACACAUCAGCCCGCCUUCUUCCUCAAGGUUUCAAGGCUGCGCGUGAUUGGGCCGCUUGCAGAGGCAUCAGAACAUGCGCAGCCAAUGAGAACGGCACUGGGCCUAAGGGCGGACACCUGGGUUUUUGGGAGGGAGGGGGAGGAAGUGGCGGGGCUUCAUUUCAGGGCUGAGCUUCCUGCCACUGCACAAGCAGACAGACAGCUUCCAUGGACGACCGCGUCAUCUCUGCCAGCAACUGCACAGACAGCAGGCGGCAGGGGACACGUCAGCACAGGAAGCCGAAGUGGACCAACAGACUGCGUCGUCGGAGAAUGGCUGGCCCAGGGUCUUGGUGUCACAUCCUCUCCACCUGGCUUGGGUCAUACGAGUCUGGGCACCGGGAGUCUUCAGGGAGGGGCCUCUCUCUCUGUGCAGCUGGAUGCCCAAGGUUCUCCUGGGAGAGUGGCGGUGAGUGCCGGCCAGGAGUUAAUGCUGGACGGUGGUCCCUGCAACCUUGGGCCUGUUGCGGCCCCAGCGCUACCAGAGGGCACUCCGUGGAACGCACCGAACCUGAAGGCCACCGCUGGAGAUGAUGGAGGACUGACCUUCACUGAAGUCAGCGCCCAGUGGCCAUGGGGAAAAUGGAUUGAGACCAUAUUUUGCUUGGUUUCCAUUCCAAUUCAAUCAGAGUCCCAGCUGCCAGACACAGAUACGAACAACAAUUACUUCAAGCAGAGCACCUGGAAAAUGUGUGGUGCUGAUAAGAUCCCUGCUCUGCAGGAACAGGGAUUGCUGGCUGCCUCAAGCACUGACCUGGAGCUGCAGGCUCUCACAGGCACUGUGGGGGGAACCGCGCCCUGCCAGCAGGAGCGACCAACAUGUGACCUCAAAUUCCUCUACCUUACACAGCACAGGGAGCUCACGUACACCGGCUCAGGGCCAGGGCACCAGUACAGAGAUCAGCAGACACAAACCACUUUCUCCGAGGAGCCCAGCAGCUCACAGCUGCCCACUGGAGCCAAGACAGCUGAGCCAAGCCCUGCCACACUGAUGCCACCCCACGUCCAGCCCACAGUGUAUGACACAGGUGUGCUCACCCCAGUAUGCUCCAGGGGCCAUCCACCGAAACCUACCGCCCAGAGCCCAUCAGCUCAGGCAUCCCUCAGCCCAUCCAGCAGCAGUGCCUUCUCCAGGACCUCCUCCUGCACGAGCCAUGCAUCUGCCCCAAAGGCAGGGCCCGGGGUGGACGGUCGGGGACUGGGGGCUGGCAUCACGGUCCAGCCGGAGGUGGUGAAGGGGGAGGCAGCUGCCAGUCCCUGCAACAGUCAGCAGUCCUUUGGUCAGUUUCUCCUGAAACCAGUUAGCCGUCGGCCCUGGGACUUGAUAAGUCUGCUAGAAAGUUUCAAUAAGAAGCUGAAGGAAGAGGAAGAAAGCUGUCCCAGUAGCGGCGGCAGCAGGGAGGAAAGUGAGGAAAGUGAGGUGGCAGAGCCCUGGGAAGACCUCAAUCCCAGCCCAGAGAAACUUGUGGGCUUCCCUGAAAGCCCGCAGGAAAGGAGAGCCAAGCAACAGUCAAAAGCCUGGGCACUAAAACAUCCCGAGUUUAGAUUGACAAGGGCCACCACGGGCAAAUCUAGGAGUUGGAAUGAGGAGGCAGCACCAUCUGGCUGGCCAUAUGACUGUCCUCGGAUAGGUGGGGACCCCUGCAGGUGGAAGAUGGCUGAGGGGAGAUCUUCCCAAGAGCAGAUGGAGACUGGGUCUCAGAGAAGUGGAAUCAGGCUGAAGGAUGCAGUGCGAAAUGUGCAGUGUGGUCCCCCCACAAGCAGGUGGUACAAGAGACAGGGUCCUGCAGGCCCCACUCUGCCUGGCUGCCAGGGCCGAGGUCUGUCUGCCCCAGACCUGAGGUCUGUGGGGCUGGCGGUGGGAGGAGAACAGCACAGGCCUGGGGGUGACUCUGGCACCCUGGAAAUCCCCCCUGGGGAAGCCCUGCAAGCCAGGGCCACAAGGAUUUUGGGCACCGAGGUGUCCGUUGAGUCCCUCCUGCUGGACACCAAGCAGAGCCAGUCCUCAGAGCCUGAGACCAGGGCUCACAGCUGCAAGCCUCCACAGGAAGCAUCCUCAUCUAGCUUGGCCCCCUCAGAAGGCCCCACUGCAUCUGCUGAUGCUUUCUACAGCCGGAAGAAGUGUGGGUGGACCGAAAGCCCACUCUUUGUCGAGGAGAGGGAUGGUACCAGGCGGGCUCCCCCAGCUGCUGAGUCCUCAGAGGUGGAUGGAGUCAUGACCUGACAAACCACCAGCCCAGAGCCCCAGCCCGGUCCCACAGUGGCCAAGGAUGGGGGCCUGUCACUGUCUUUCAGGUCUACGCUGUUCCAUGUUCUAGAAAGGACCCCCAUGGCAGGCUCAGAGAAGAGGCUGCACAGCACUUCCAAAGUAAUUGAGAGUAUACAAGAGAAGCAGGCUUGCCCAUCGAGGAGGGCAGACCCCAGCCGCCUCAUGAGGAUGAAGGUGGUGAACCCCAUGUCCCGCAAGUGCUGUCUCAGCUCCAGGAACACCGACGUCACUGCUGAAGAUGCCAGGCUGCCGGCAGGCCGUACGAAGGCAACUAUUCUGAGAUGUCUAUUAUGA